AUGCACCCCUCGCAUUCUUUGGUCGCAAUACGGGCGGCUAAGCACCUCACUCCUCACCUCCUGUAUCCUGAUAGUUUACUUUGCCAUGUAUUAUCUAUCAUUACGUUAUCUGAAGUAUAG